AAGUUAUUCCGUUGAUAGUUAAAGAAAAUGUUGGUAUCUGUGAUACUGGUAUUACCGAGGCUGCACAAAUAGGGGUCUACAUGACAUCGUUAUUUAAAUCGCUUGGUGGUUGACAUACAUGAUCGCUAAAGAGCUAGCUAGUUAGCAUAGCAUUUCAAGUACCGCUUGUAGUUGCUUAGCGACCUGUAUCCAGGGGCAGAGGAGAACCAGCUAGCAUCGAGAGCACUGUUAGUUAGUUAGCUAGCUUAGCUACUCGUUUGAAAUAUAGACAGAAGACCAAUAUGUGUGAUUAAAUGGAUCGAACAGCGACUAAUGGUGUUAACAAACUAUCCGUAUGAAAUGAAACCGGUUAAACAUAACCGUUUUCAGUGUAAAACAGGUUGUUAAGUUUGUGUAAUGCUAACUACCCGGAGCAAACAGCGACUAAUUGACUUGAAGUGUCGUUCUAAUCAGACCAAAUUGGCUGAUUAUGAAUGUUUACAGUGAAAAGCGUGUGUUAAGUUUGGCAUUUAUCACAACGUUAAGUUAAAACAAAACAAAAACACUGAAGCUGAGCAGCGUAAGAGAGAGCACGAAAACUUUUACAGUCCUCGUCAGUAAUAUAAUCAAGCUGCAUUCCACUUGCUGCAGCUGCAGUGCACUUCUCUGGUGGAGUGAAAUGAACACCGGAGGCGCCAAUAUUAAAUGGAAGUGUCUGAAGCCUGCCCUCUUCAUGCAGCGACUAGACAGAUUUUGUCCACCUUUCUUUGCUCUGAUAUGACACUGGAAGCUAGAGGACUUCUCCCGCAAGGAUAUACUGAAGAUAAGAGCAGUGGAGCUCCAGACCUGGACCUCGGCCUUCACAGACCCUGCGGUGAUUGCCAAAUUUGAACACAGCUGUUUAUGACCUCACAUUGGUCAGAACGUAAACUACACUUCUACUCGGGUUACACUCCUCCGUCAGAUGGCGUUCUGCCUGGCUGAGCUGCACUUGUGGUCCACCAAGAGCUCACUCCAAGUCAAAGAUACAGAUAUUGGCACCUAUCAGUACUACGAUAAAGGAGAGCCAGCCAUUUCCUUGGAGCAUCACUACUACAAUGAGAAACUCCAGUUCAGUGAAGCUCGAGGCUAUUCGUGGACCCCCAGGAACCGCCGACCAGAGAAGCUACGUGAUUCGCUGAAGGAGCUUGAGGAACUGUUGCAGACCAACACCUGUGUUCACACCAGAUGGAGAAACAAGCACUGCUGCCAGUUGAUGCUGAGCAGUGGAGUACUGGUGACCCUGACCCUAAGUGGACCUCAACUUGAACAAGUCUGUGUUGACCGCACAUUAGUGGGCCGACUGCCAGCCAACACCAUCACUGAUGUGGUGCUGAGUGACAGGCUGAUUCUGCUGUCCUUCCUGGAGCAGAGCCAAGUGGCUGCAGUCUACCUCCACAGAAAGAACCAGGACUCCCCAGAGAGCGGCAAGCGAACAGACAAACUCUCACCCUCUGAAAUCAAGGUGGUGUGCGCGGAGGUGAGCGGAUGGGGUCGUAGGCUCCACAGACACGUGUGUCUCAACCGUCUGCAGGAUGUGGCGCUCUGCUGGUGGAACCUGGAUGAGCCUGGUGAGGAGCUGUGGCCCUGGACUCCCACAAACACGCACAGGAACAACCUGGUGCUGCUCAGCUGCUCACCUGCCGAAGGCCUCAAGGUCCUCAGCUCAGUCCAGACAGAGAGCAACCCCCUGGACUGCCGCUUCAGCCUGCUCCAGCCCUACCAGCUGCUCACAGUGGAGCUACCUGCUGGACCCCAGGGAUCCCGAGAAGGGUGCUGGGCUGACACCUGUGUGUACGAAUGUGCAAAAGGACGCCUGCACCGCCUUUCUGUCACCCACAUCCCGCUGCCAUCCGAGUCCAUUUCCUGUUCACGUCACCCCUCUGAAACCACUCUCCUCCUGGGCUUAAGUGACUCCUCCUUGGUCCUGUAUGACCAACGACGGGGGGUCUCUCACCUGGCCUCCUGCCCUGUGCCACCCAACCUCCUCGCCUGGCACCCUGCCGGGGCCGUGGUCAUGGUCGGGGGAGGGCAGGGAGAGCUGAUGUGCUUGGAUGUGGGCUUGGCACCUGUGAACAUGGCACUGUUAGCAGAGGAGGUAGCUUCAGCCGCCACACUAAGACUAGCUCAGCACCUGCGGUGCUCUGGAGGCCUGGAGCGACUGCAGUGGGGGACAGGCCUGGAAGGAGGCCCGGAGGGGACAGAUAUGCUGAUGUUAGCCUUUCACGGGGGACCACUUGCAGCCUUGAGAUUCAGACUAGGGGCUCUGACUGGGGGCCAGAUGGGUCCAGGGGAACUCCUGCAGCAGCGCCUACUUUGUGGCCAGGUCAGAGAGGCGCUGGGCAUCCUGGAGGCCAUGGACUGGAGCGUCACGGGAGACGAAUGCUACCGAGGCCUGUGUUCUGUCACCAACCACCUGUUGAGGCUGGAGCUGAAUGCAGAGAGAGAAGCCCAACUAGAAGCAGCUCUGGGUGUGUUUUAUGCUCCACCUGCCCCUUUCUCUGAUGCGGUGAUACUGGAGUACAGGGAGCCAAUCAGCAAGUACGCCCGACGCUUUUUUCACCACCUCCUCAGACACCAGCGCUUUGAGAAGGCCUUCCUCCUCGCUGUAGAUCUGGAAGACAGAGAUUUAUUCAUGGACCUCCAUUAUGUUGCCAGCGAUAAGGGCGAGGUGGUGCUAGCGGACGUGGCCAAGAGGAAAGCUAAUGAAAUCGAGGCCCAGGCCAUCGCAGGCAACGACGAUCCUCUGAGAGGUAGCAAUGGCGUGUGUGGUUCCAGCCUCGGCGACAGACGGACUGAGAGGAACCAAAGUGCGACAGGACCGUCGCUCUCAAGCUCUACCACAACACACGUUGAUGGAGGAGCCAGUCGGAGGAGAUUACAGGCGGAGAGCGUUCGUGUGACCGUGAGCCCAGAUGUGUUCAGGACACUGAGACACACAGGAGUCAGUGAAGGUGACGCAGACUAUAAGAAUGAAGAUGACGACCCUGGGAAGCUUCAUGUCGUCCAUUUAGGAAUGGUUUGAAAAAUCUGACUAAUGGGAAACUGGAGAAGCACAAUGACUCGUCAAUAACAUGUUCUUUUUAUAUUUUUUUUACAUGCAAAGUAGUUACUUACUUAUGUAAUGUGUGGGGAUCUCAACAUCUGUACACACACAGAUGAUGAUGUAAAUGAUAAAAGUGUAAUAAUUAUAAAUAUCUAAAUGUAUAAUAAAUGAUGCAGUUUUGUAUUGUCAGACUGAAAAACAAUGUUUCCUAAACCAGAAGGCUUUAUUAUUUUUUUUUAGACCUGUCAUAGUAAAUCUGUGAAAUUCCAGCCCAGACAAAAACACUGAGCAGCUCCAUGGAUGUGGAUUCAGGUUGUUUUCUGUCUUAGUGAAGUCGACACCAAAUGAACCUUAAAAGGAAACAGUUACACUGGGUUCUGCCUCUAAAAACAUGACAGAAAAUGUUUUAAAGCUUGUCAUUAAUCAGCAUGAAAAAAUAAAGACUUCUAUUAUACUUCCAUCACCACUGAUA